GGGGCGUCAUGUCUUAUCAGCUCGUUGGUUCGUCCUGAAAGAAAACACGUUUUUUUGUGUGUGUUUUCUUUUUGUGGCUCAGCUAGCUUUCUGCAGGAAAUCUGACCACCUGCAUCGACUAAAGACGUCUUCCAAACAGUCGACUGUUCAAAGCAGAGGUGCAGGAAAAGCAUCGUCAUCCUCGGUCAUGGCCGGAAACAAAAACUGGGAUGGCGCCGGCGGGAUGGACCAGAUAACAGUGGUGAGAAUAGAUGACACUCACAUCGCUGAAGAGGAGUCGCACGUUGAUGGGAAGGUGUUCUACGAGGUGGAGUGCUCGGUGCCUGCGGAGGAGGAGGUCGUGGGAGAGGAUGACGAUGAUGGCGUCUACGUCAUCGAGUAUUCAAACCCUGAAGAGGAGGGAGAGAGUUACCAGUUCACGAUGUCCGUAGAUCGGUCGCUCCCAGCGAAAGAGCCAAUUGUUAAAACUCCGGUGGUCAGCGAGAACCCCGGAGCUCUGCUGCCGUCAAGACCGGCGAGGUUGCGACCUCAGGUGAGCCAGAAGAGGAGGUUGGUAGCCGAGGAAGAGGAGAUCAAAAGCGAGGAGUUGGUGGUGAGCAAUAAGAGCGUGCUGGCGCUGGGAGAGGAUUACAGCGACGUGAUGGAGAUGAACUCGGGCUCAGGUAAAAAACUGGUGUGCACGAUGUGCCCGCCGCCCGGCAAGUUUUUCAAGAGGGCGUCUGGGCUGGCGGUACAUCUAAAGCAGAUGCACCACAUGGAGGGGAAGAAGACGUUCUUCUGCACCUCCUGCCAGCAGUCGCUCCGCACUCAGAUCGAGCUGGACGCGCACACGAGGCGCCACGCCAACCAGGACGCCGUGUUCGUCUGCCGCCUCUGCGCAGCCGAGGAGGAAGCCGGCACAGAGGAGAAGAAGGGGUUCAAAGGGUCGAGGUGGGGCCUGAAGAAGCACCUGGAGAAGGAGCAUCCGGGUGUUAUCCCGCGCUGCGACAUCUGCAACAAAGGCUUCAAGACGCUCGUGUCGUACCUCGCCGACCAGUUCAGGCACGUCGGGGUGUCGCCAUACUACUGCGCCAAGUGUCAGAUCUACGAAAUGACUGAGCGGGGUCUGAGCGUGCACAUCAGAAACCACAACAAGAAGAAGAUGACUGAGCAGAAGGCUAAUGAAAGCCGCCUGCAGACUUUUGAAGUCUCUGCCGGUGCUGAUAACUCGGCGACAGACGACUCCGACUUCUGACGCUCCAGACUCACCGUUUAGCUUCGUGUUCGAGCGAAGCGGCAGCGGCUCACAGACGUCAGGGUCAAAUCCUACAUUUUAUGCAUCUGAACUGAACUUUGGGCAAAAAAACUUUUCCCCUAACAGUUAGAAAACCUUUUUUGUGUGUGUGUGCAGUUAAUGACCAAACAUGUUACUGCUUAAGUAGAAGUGUCCAGGAAUUAUUUGAAUUCCCUUCCUUUAUUUUCAAGUAGGAAUAAUCCUAGUUGAUGAAACGGGACAAAAAACUUGUCUCAGAGAAAAACGUCCAGAAACGGUCAGAAUCAGCACAGGCUAAACAUCGUCCAUAUAACUACUGCGUGUGUAUUUAAAACCCAUUUUACACGUUUAAUCACAGUCUUCAGUAACCAUCUUUUUUAAAUGUUGCUGAUAUAUGUGGCGCACACACACACAGUCAGAUUAGUCUUCUUACCUUGCAGGAUAACCCGUAAUGAUCAGAGCUGUGAUUCCAUCAGAAGCGACUUCCAGGGUCCAUCAGGUCUGUUUUUAAAAGAAAGUUGCAUUAAGCAGCACAGAGUAGGCGAUUAGGUCAGGAAGUCAGAGACAGGAACAGCAUAAAGAAUUUGAUUCAAUUCAGUUUUA